ACUUCUACCAUCGUCGGAAAUUUUCAUGCCUGACAUUCAAAGUUUCCAUGCCAGGCAUGAGCAGACAUCUCAUCUCCGAUAUCGACUUCCAAUCUUUCCUCUAAACACACAGAUAGUCCGCAAAUCUGUCGACAUCCAAUCGUAUAAAUCAGCAAGUCAUUCAAGAAUCAACCAUGCUCAUCAGUAUUACACCCGGAGACUCGACGACUUCCAAUCUUCCAAUGACUCCCCGGUCACUUAGAUACUCUGUCCUCUCUCGGACCUGGACACCCGGAUCGCCGAUCCAGUUUGCGCCUCCUCCCACCACGGAGACUCAAGCGCAGGAUGCUUCGCUUCCUUCCGUGUCAAGGCUUUGCGCGACCACUUGCGUUAGCCAACAGGAUUUUCCUAAGCAGACAAAGCUUCAAGCCGAGCACUUUCAACGUCCUCAUGUCAAGCAGACUGGCGGAUUCUGUGGCGCGGUCCUGCGUACGGUCUUUAUGAUCAUUAUAGCCAUGGUCUUUAGAUUUCUCCUGGCAUGGUCUCUGAGAAGUCCAUGUCCUCUUUGUCAUGGACUAUUCACGAUUUCUAUCGGUGGCAUGAAGGAAGAUGCCAAAUGUUUGGUAACGUGUAAUAUUUCCAGACUAUUUUCGACGGCAGUUUCUGCUUUGGAGACGGUGUUGGAGUAUCUGUCGCGUUUUAAUUAUUAGUUGCGUGGUAUCGGGCAAGAAAACGGUAGGGUCAGAUGCAUGUUGUGAAAGAUCCGCGCGAUUUCCAACACACUCUGAGUCUUUGGGUUUACAUAGCUUGAAAUCAGCGGCAAAAGUAACUGUUGGAUUCACAGGUGGAAAAGGAAAAUACUCGAGUAUCGUGG